UGCUUCUGUUUAACAUUUGUGGCGCCACUUUGCAAUGUACUCUCUGGGUCGGGUAGCUACAGGUUGAAGGUCUGGAAAUCUUUCUAAACUUUUGAAACAUUAAAUAUUGGUCGUUAAUGUUUUCGUGGAUAAAUAGUCUGCUAAGUUAGCUAGCUAUUUGUAGCACCAAAACCUAAUACUGAAUCACUCCGCUGACGUUGCAUGUCGUGUCGGAUCGCUGAUUUGUUAUCUAGCCAGUCGAAUCACUUCGGCAAAGGUGUAAACCGUCGACAAAUAGAAGAACCGGACUUUGAUUAAAUUAUAGCUCAGGGACAACGACAGCGAUCAGUCGAAAUGGCCGACGACGACAACCUUGACCUGCUGCUCUCCAUGUUCGAUGAGAGCCCGGAAGAGGAGAAGACAACAGGCGGGGGUGAUGACUUGGACGAUCUGUUUGAUAAUGAUGAAGAUGAUGGUGAUGGUUAUGUGGAGCCAGAGGAAGAGGAAAACGAAGAGAACGAGGAACCGGAAAAAGAGGAAGACUCCCAUAAUAGAUCCAAGGAAGAUUUGGAAGCCGAGUUGCGACGCAUGCAGGAGAAGAUGCAGAAGCUCCAGGAGCAGCUGUUGUCUUCUCAGGGUGGGGGUGUCAAAAGCCCCCCUCCAAAACCAAAAAGGAGCUCAAGUACCUCCAAAUCUAAACCAAGAGGAGCCUCCACAUCCCCAUCUACAAACAGUACUGCCAGUGCCUCCACAUCUAAACCAAAAGAAGCCUCCACAUCCCCAUCUACAAACAGUACUGCCAGUGCCUCCACAUCCAAACCAAAAGGAGUCUCCACAUCCCCAUCUACAAACAGGGCUGCCAGCGCCUCCACAUCCAAACCAAAAGGAGUCUCCACAUCCCCAUCUACAAACAGGGCUGCCAGUACCUCUCCCCCAGCCCAGAACACCACUAGACCAUCUCCACCUACCACUGCUGGGUCUAGCAAAAAGCCAAGGGCAGCACAUCAGCCGAAAGCAGUGUCCUCGCAGAUUCAAAGCCCACCAAGCAAGGGUGGUAUUGACAGCCUCUUCCAACCAUCAGGAAAUACGAGCAAGGCCAGUAACACACUGAAGUCACCACCCCCCUCAGGAAGUGGCCAGCCCCCUACACGCCAGGGAACACCCCGACCUGCUGUCCACCAGGACGUUCCCGUUGAGAAGUUCUCAGGCCUCAGAAUACGGAAACCUCGGAUCUCCUCCAUAGAAAUCGAGCACAAAAUGUCGGGCCGUAGGAUGAUCCAGCUCUCAACGUUGCCUGAUAAGCUUGCCCGUGAGAAGCUGGAGGACAGCGACUGGGUGACCUUUGCUGUGUUGGUGAACAAGAUAACGCCGCAGAGCAAGAACAAUGGCAAGACUUUCAGCAUCUGGAAGCUGAAUGACCUCCAUGACCUGGAAGUGUAUGUUUCUUUCUUCUUGUUUGGGAACGUGCACACAGAACUUUGGAAAACUGACACGGGCACUGUCAUUGGGAUCCUGAACCCAAACCCCAUGAAGAACAAAGAGGGCUCCAACUCCAAUGAGGUCAGUCUGACGAUAGACCACCCUCAGAAGGUCCUCCUGCUGGGAGAGGCCCUGGAUUUUGGCACCUGCAAGGCCAGGAAGAAGAACGGCGACCCGUGCACACAACUCGUCAACUUGGAGCGGUGUCAAUACUGUCAGUACCACGUCCAAGCCCAGUACAAGAAGUUGAGCUCCAAGAGGGCCGAGAUUCAGUCAGGUUUUACAGGGACGGUCCCUAAGCGUGGAAAGGGGCGAGGAAGUCUGAGAGAUCGGCUCUGUCAGGGCGACUUCCACUAUGGCGGCAUGUCCUCGUUGGCCUGCGCACCCAAUGUUAAUGGCUCACAACCUAAGAAACCCACCCAGUCCACACUGACCAACAUUGUUCUCCGAGCCCCAGCAAAUGGAUUAGCGCUUAAGUCCAGUGAGGUGUCUGGUUGCACGGAGGAUUUUAAAGGCUUGUUGUCCAUGCCGACACCAGGGGCCAUCAACAUCAAGAAACACUUAGACAAGGCCAAGACCACAGCUCCUGGAGAGUCACCUGUUCAGUCCAUCACUGCAACUGAUCUCCUGAAGCAGCAGAAGGCAAUGCAUCGGGAGAGAAUCCUCAACAGACAGAAGAGGGCGCAGGAGAUCCAAGAGAGAAUGUUGCAGAAUAGUGGAAAGGCUACACCCCCUGCCAGACCUGUAUCAAAUGGAACACCGGUCCUGUCACAAAAACCCCACCCCCCACCACCGCCCCACCUCUCUGACCCGACCACACCCACUCUGCGGCGGGGCCUUAGUGAAGGGGAAGACAUCCUGUUUGACCUGUCUCCGCCCCCUCCCGCUAAGAGCCUAUCAUCUGCAAAGAUGGCGGCUCUUCGGAAGCUCCACGCCAAAGGAGCGACCAUCACCAAAGACGACCCCAACGCCGUGAAGCGCAAACGUGCCAGCGGCAGCGACAUCGCUGCUCGCGUGGAGAAAAACCAAAGCUCGUCCGAGGGUGAUAAAUCAGCUGCAGGAGAGGGGGAGGAGCCAGUCCAGAAGAAGAGGCGGGAUCAGCUCGAUUAUAUCCAAUCAGAGGAGUUCCAGCGCAUCCUGAAUGCCAAGUCCCAGUUCUCCUGGCUGAUGGGAGAGAUGGAGGUGAAGGUCAUGCAGGACUACUUUGAGCCGCUGGUGCAGAAGGAGCAGAUGGAGGAGAAGAUGAAGAGCAUCAAAGAGCAGAAGUGCAGAGCAAUCACCUGUAAAUCGUGCAAGUACACACACUUUAAGCCUGCGGACCGGUGCAUACAGGAGAACCACGACUACCACUGGCAUGACGCCCACAAGCGCUUUUUCAAGUGCCCGUGUGGCCAGCGUAAGAUCAGCCUGGCGCGGAUACCCAACAUGGCAUGCAGCACCUGUGGUCAGUUUAAAUGGGAGAGGGAUGGCAUGUUAAAGGAGAAGAAGGGGCCAAAGAUCGGAGGGGAGCUUCUCUUGACCCGCGGGGAGGAACAGCCCAAGUUCCUCGGCAGCAUGAAAUAAGGGCACCCACCUGACUGCUCGAUUGACCAGCGCAAAUCUGUGGAACCGUAGCGACCAAAAGUCCUCUCAUAAGCACAACAUUCAGCAACUCAUGGGACUCCAGAGGUGAGCAACAACCUGUUGCUGCCAAACUAUUGUCCACAUAUGGACACGACCUCCAAAACAUGAAUCUGGCAUGGCCGGAUUGUGUCCACACGUAAAUACAGCCUUUAGUCAUUUGGCCACAAGACUGCAGGGCUGACCAACAGGAAUCUGGCCUUUGGACUCCUGUCUAGAUUCUGUCCGCACACUGAUGCAACCUUCAGUCAGUCACCUACCAGACUACAUGGGCUGGCCAACAGGAAUCUGGCUUGUGAACUAUAGUGGUGGGUUCUCCACACACACAGAGCUCCGAGCUCCAAAACAUGAAUGUUAAACCUCGUGUCAUAGACAUUCACUCAUCAGACUCAUGCGAUGGCUAACGUUCGUCUGCCCUCUGGAGCUCUAGGGGCCUACUCACACACAGGUGUCACAGUCAGUCAACACCAACGUCAGUCAAACACUUGAGCGUAACGUUGAUCAUCAUGAAUCUGGCUUCUGGUACUGUAGUGAUCAAAACCUCUCCUAAUGUAUGCACAACAUUCAGUUCGUCACUAGACAGAAUUUUGCUUGUGAAACUGUAGUGGCCAGAUUCUCCUCACACAUUGCUUCCAUGCUCCAAAACAUGGAUCUGACUUUGUAGACAUAACAACAACAACAUCAGUCUGUCACUCACUGGACUUCAAUGAUGGCUCACAUCAGUCAGUCCUCUGGCACUGCACUGGCAGUCACUGAAACAUGAGACCUCAGGGUUGACCAUCAUGAUUUUGGCUUCUGGAACUGCGUUGGUCAAAACCUCUCCACAUGUAAGCACAACAUUCGGUCACCAGACUCCCUCCCCAGCCGGCGUGAACGUCUCUUCUGGAGCUGCAGAGGCCAGGUCCUGCCCCCAGAGUCUCCACUCCAACUGAGGGAAGCCUGUUGAUCUUCAGGCCUGGCUGUGGCUUUUUCUGGCCUCACGAGUCUUGAGUGAAAGCCGAGUAGGUGGUGAAACUGUACAGGACUGUGUUGGCCGGCAGGUCGGUUAAGGUCGUGUUUUCGAUGUAAACAAGCUUGACCUGCUGGCUCAGCGGCAGCAGCUGGGCAUUCCUGCCACAGUCUGUGUUCCAUCACCCCAGUCUGUUCCCACCCAUGCCAGUUUUUGCCCACACAACGCUGUCUGACCUCCCCUAGGUCAAUCUGUGUCCACCUAUGCCAGGCGGACCUCUCCAAUGCCAGUCUGUGCCCCAUACCAGUGUGUGCCCACUCACGCCAGUCUGUCUGCUAGGCUGUGAGAAGAGCACAGUCACUAAAGGAAGAACAAUGGAUGUACCUGUAUUGUGUUGUGAUGUAGUAUUUUAAGGUUUUUGUUUGUUUGUUUUUUUAAACCACCUCUUUUAUUGUCUUUGAAUGUUGUCUUUGUGUUACAUUGUAUGGGAAGACUCUUGUAGGUAUUAAAAUAUUUUGUAAGAUG